AUGAUUUGAAGAGUGUUGAAAUGCAGCACUAAAAUGAGUUCUACCUCUUAUCCGUCGACAGUUCAUGACUGGAUGAAGGCAAUACGGAGGCCAGUACCCUACAGAGUUGGCAAUGCGCGCCUUCAUGUCAAAACUCGCACUGUUGCAUAUGGAGUAUUAUUCAUGGCAGCAGUUCUUAUACUAGUUGUUUAUAUACUACCUUCUCAAUAUAUACAACGAAAUUGUCCUGAUAUAUAUCCAGUUUUGCAUGAGUAUGAUUAUCCAUUUACAUCUCCUGUUAAAAAUGAAUCCGGAAUUCAUUAUAAAAUAGCUGUUGUGACGGAUUUAGAUACAGAGUCUAAGAGUGAAAAAGACAAAAAUACAUGGUUAAGCUACAUGUUAUAUGGAACUUUGUCAAUAUCUACUGAUCAGAAAUAUGUUACUACGAAAUUCGAUGUGAAGCCGAAAAUUCUUAAAUCCUCAUUAAGUCUAGGAGGGCGUGGGAUGGAGCUUUCCGAGCUUAUUGUUUUUAAUGGAAAACUCUACACAGUGGACGACAGGACGGGAGUUGUGUACGAGAUCAUUGACAAUAUGGCGAUUCCUUGGGUAAUACUUACAGAUGGUGAUGGCAGAUCUCAGAAAGGUUUCAAAAGUGAAUGGGCGACUGUUAAAAAUGGAAAGUUGUAUGUUGGAGGUUUGGGUAAAGAAUGGACAACACAGACUGGGGAAGUGGUCAAUUUAAACCCUCAGUGGGUAAAGUCCAUAUCAGCCACUGGACAGAUUGUACAUCAUGACUGGCACACUCAUUACAAUGCCAUGAGGAAAGCCACUGGGUACAGUCUACCAGGAUAUAUGAUCCAUGAGUCUUCUGUAUGGAGUGACAUUCACAAGCGUUGGUUCUUCCUUCCUCGUCGAGCCAGCAAAACGAGAUACGAUGACAAGAUAGAUGAAAGAAGGGCAACAAACAUGAUGAUAAUAGCAAAUGACAAAUUUGAUGAUAUUGAAAUAAGAUACAUAGGUGUUAAAAAUGAGUUACGAGGGUUUUCUUCAUUCAAAUUCAUUCCAGAGACUAAUGAUCAGAUGAUUGUUGCGUUAAAAUCAGAGGAAGUAGAUGGAAAAGUUGCAUCCUAUAUACUUGUAUUCACUGUUAAUGGAGAUAUAAUUCUAUCAGAUAGAAAAAUUGGAGACUAUAAAUUUGAAGGACUAGAAUUCAUUUGAGAUAAUUGCUGAGAGCAUAAAUGUUUUGCAUCAAAUUUAUUAAGAUGAUUGUUACAUAUAUUUUUAUGGAUAUUGAAGAUGUACAAUACAAACAGGGUAGAGGAUCUUAUCCUGUCACUGGAUUUUUGUCUACAAUCUUGUGAGGGUGUGAAUGAAAUAAACAAUUCUUGAAUUAUCUUGAACAACUUACCCAAUCGUCCCAGGAAAAGUAUUAUUAUAUGAUUAAGUUUGAUAAUAUUUCUGUAAAUGCAUAUUUUGGUAAAAAUAAAGUAUAAUGUCAAAAUCUCAUAGAGAAUUUAUUUCCACCUUAAGAAUUAGAUUAGCUGGCACUCAAAUUUAACAUUAAUUGUAGAGUAAUAUAAUCUUACAUGGGUUUGUUUUAUUGACAGGUAUUUUAACUGAGUGUAAGAGUGGCACAAGGUUUGAAAUAUACCUGUCCAUAGUACAGACUUACGUUUAAUUUUUUUCUCACAGACUUAAAAAGCCAUAACCAAUUGUAAGUUGUUGUGAAACCUAAUCAUCAGGCCAUCAUGUAAUGUGUGUCGAAAUUGAUGACUUUAUCAAUUUUAGACAUGGUUAUGCUACAUAAAUUAAUGAUGCUACCCUAUUAUGAGUAGCCUCAUGGCACAUGCCAGCUGUUUUUCCCUACCCAGCAUGAGAUAACAACCACAGAUUACCCAAUGAAGUAUGUUGGAAUUUCAUUUCUCGUGUUAAAUACAUAUUGAAGAUGAUUCAGAUUUGUACUGGUGUUAUUGUAGUGCCAUUUGCAAUCAGGGAUUUUUUUUACAGUUGUCAUAGAAACAAAUAACUGGUACUCAAUAAUAUUUUAUCCCUUCACUGUUUAUAUGCUAUUCCUCCUCAAAAAUUAUUUCAGGUUUCUACAAAACCUAUUACCCAUAUUAGGCUAGCCACAAUGUUCUAUGUAUUAAUUUUCCUUCCUAAGAUUUUUCCUGUUAAGAAUUAAGGGAAGGGAAGGAAUGAGGAGGGUAAUGUUAAACAAGGGUGUAAUUGUCUUUCAAAUACAAUAAUUUAUAUAUUUUUUCUUUUUUCCAAAGACAAAUC